GCACGGCCUGAGAGAGGGGCUGUUCCCGCUGUCCUGACGUCCCUACACGUGUGAGCACACGUACCCACCUGCACCCACCCCGCCAGCUGAGGUGACACGUUCUGCCAGACAUCCCUCCCGCUGCCUCCCCAGCCCCGAGCAUCCCACCGGACAGGCUCGGUGGCGGGGGGCACUCCGCUUUCAGCGUGUCCCCAGAGAGCUCAGCACAGCCACGUGGUUGCUGUGACACGGGCACCGUGUCCCACCCGUGUCCCACCAGCACACGGGUGAGGCCCCUCGCCCCCCACCAUGGCUCUGUGCUGCCUGUUGAGACCCCCGCGCUGGCACCUCCGCCCGCCGCCGCUCGCCCUGCUCGGCCCGGACCGCAGCCUUCGGACAACGACAAAGGGGAAAGGGAAGAAAAAGGCCAGGGAGGGCUGCAGCCUGCCAGAUCCGUCCUGGGAGGAGAGGUUAGCAAAUGCAGUGACUCCACUGUGGAGACUUCCCUACCAAGAGCAGCUGCAGGUGAAGUAUGAAAGCCAGAGGAAGAUUUUGCAGACACUGGCAUCUCGUCUUGAGGAGCUGGGCAUAGAUGCACAGAAACCUGGUGGGCUCUGCUGUCCUCUCCAGCCUGUAGUCCCUUCUCCCAUCAUUAAUGGCUACCGAAACAAAUCUACUUUCUCUGUGAACCGAGGACCAGAUGGGAACCCCAAAACUGUGGGGUUGUAUGUAGGAACUGGCAAAGCAAGAAAUAUUGUCUGUGUGAAAGCCAACCACAUGAAGAACAUGCCCUCAACACACAAACAAGUAGCCCAGUGCUAUGAAGAGUUCAUCUCUCGUUCCCCCCUGGACUCCUGCAUCCUCUUCCAUGAAGGUGGACACUGGCGGGAGCUCGUGGUUCGUACCACCAGCCGUGGCCACACCAUGGCCAUCAUCACUUUCCACCCCCAGGAGCUGGGCCAGGAGGCACUGGCUACUCAGAAAGCACUGCUCAGGGAGUUCUUCACGUGUGGACCUGGAGCAGUCUGUGCCUUGACUUCACUUUAUUUCCAAGAGAGCACCAUGACACGCUGCUCCCACGAGCAGUCUCCCUACCAGCUGCUCCACGGGGAACCUCACAUCUUUGAAGAACUGCUCGGCCUGAAGUUUCGCAUCUCUCCAGAUGCCUUUUUCCAAGUGAACACGGCUGGAGCAGAAGUUCUGUACCAGGCAGUUGGGAAGCUCUGUCAGACUACUGGGGACACUGUCCUCCUCGACAUCUGCUGUGGAACAGGCACAAUUGGUCUCUCUCUGGCUCACCAGGUGUCCAAGGUCAUCGGUGUCGAGGUGGUGGAGAAGGCAAUAGAGGAUGCUAAGUGGAAUGCAGUGUUCAAUGGGAUCUCAAACUGUGAGUUUCACAGUGGGAAGGCAGAGGCCGUGUUACCACAACUCCUGGCAUCGUGGGAGGAUGCCCGGCCGCUUGUUGCUGUGGUGAACCCAUCUCGGGCUGGCCUACAUUACAGGGUCGUGCGGGCCAUCCGGAAUUGCAGGACCAUCCGCAGGCUGCUCUACAUCUCCUGCAAGCCAGAGGGUGAAGCCAUGAGGAACUUCCUUGAGCUGUGCUGCCCACCUGACCCACGGAAGAAGCUGACAGGAGAGCCAUUUGCCCCCGUGUUGGCAAUUCCUUUUGACCUGUUUCCUCAUACUGUUCAUUGUGAGCUGGUGCUGCUGUUCACCCGCUGACAGGGAGGCAAGUAUGCCAGCUGUGAGAGCUUGGGAAGCAACCUCCUACUGUGCUGGAGACUCGAGUCAAUGGAGUUAGGAUUUUAACUUAUUUUCUGGAUAGGUUGUAUAAAAAUAAAUAAUUUUGCUUUUUCUCUUACUUUGGGUUGCCUAGCAACACUGUUCUUUAAGGAACCACUUGGAUUUCUGAGGUGAAAAGGUUCUCUGUAGCAUUUCAUCACCCUUCCUUCCCCUGCAAACCUGUUCUUGGGCUGCUGGUUAAAGCAGCCUGAAAAAUACACUCUCCCUGUGUUGAGGAGUAUGCCCAACUUGGUGUUCAAGCUGCAAAUUGUGCCCUGGGUGGUGGAAAAUUGCUGGAGCCCCAGGCAAGGAACACAAAGACCAUGGGGUGGGUGGCUCCUCACCCAGACACUCUGCAGAACUCAAUGAACAAUGAGAAGACCCCAGACCUAAUUUUCCAUUGGUCAGAACUGUUGUGCAAGGGCCAGGAGAUUUAGGGUGUAAGGGUAUGAAAGCCCAGGGAUUCCUUUGUUGGGGCCCUUCCUGGAGGCACCAGCUCCAGCUGUUGUUAUGUUGCUGUGCCACAGUUAAAAUACUUAAAGGAUCCAGAUGUCUGGAAGCUCUGCUAUGGGAAACUGGGGUCGAUCCAGUGAAGGGAACUUGUCUGAUUCUGUCAGUGGAGUGUGUAGGGAGUUAAGGCAUCUGUGGGUUCACUGGAACCACUGAUGCAAAGGGGCUUUGGUCCCAGCAGUGACAUUCUGGGCUGAUGUGAGUGUGAUCCCAGGAGUGGCAUCUGAAGGGUCAGACAGGAAAGGUUCCAUAACACCUGGUAUUGUGGGUUUCCACCAUCAGCAUGUGAAUACAUGCAGUAAAAUCCACUGCAUUUUCUAAUACUGCCAUGCCAUUAGUUCUAUGCCUGCUUCAAGGAUAUUCCAGGGCUUUUUCAAGUUGAUAUUGAACUGGCUAUGAAGAAACCGUAGGAACUAGAAAUCCUCAUGCUUCAACGGGAAUAUGUUGACUUCCGGGGGUCAGGGAAAUAUUCCUGUAUAAGCUUCCAAACCCAAUAUUGAAUCACUGUCAGUCACGUGGAUAAGUUGGAGGCAAUGAGAUUUUUCUGUAAAAUAAAAUGAAAAGAGAACAGA